AUGACAGAUGUAAGGGAAUGGCGUGGGGUUCCAACGAAGCUGAACGUGGCCGACGAAGGAACUAAGUGGACGCGUCAUCCUGAUCUCAGCGCUUCUAGCCGUUGGUUUAAAGGACCAGAAUUCCUACAUGAACCACAAGAAGAGUGGCCAAGUACCUCCCGGUAUGGAGCAACGAACACGGAGCUCCGAGCACAUCUGAUGACGCACGUUUCUACGGUGGAAUCCAUCAUUAAUCCUCAAAACUUCUCGAAGUGGACCACGAUACUACGUACAACAGCGUUCGUGUUCCGGUUUAUAUACAACUCUAGACCGAAGACAAAACAACGAACUGGAGGGCCGUUGACGCAGCAGGAGUUGAAAAGAGCAGAGAACUUUCUGCAUCGUCUUGCCCAGAGCGACGAGUACGCAGAUGAAAUGGCUAUCCUAUUUGGAAAUCGCUUGAACGGAACGGAUAAGCAAGCUAUACCCAAAAGUAGCUCUAUUGCUUAUUUCUGCCCUUUUCUCGAUGAAACCGACGUAUUAAGGGUUCGGGGCCGAACCGGUGCCUGCCCGAUGAUCAACUACGAUGCAGUUAACCCCAUCAUACUCCCUCGUAACCAUCGUGUCACACAUUUGAUCCUUCUCCAAUAUCACCGCAAAUAUCACCACCAAAACCACAACACUGUUCUCAACGAGAUUCGCCAACGAUACAUGAAUGCUAGCGCAAUGCCACAGCCCCCAAUUAUGAGUGACCUGCCACCGUCCCGUCUGGCCGCCUUUUCUCGUCCGUUUACGCACAUGGGGGUGGAAUACUUUGGCCCCAUAUUAGUCACUGCUAACCGAAAAACUGAAAAACGCUGGGUUCUAAUAGCUACCUGCCUAACCAUCCGCGCCAUCCACUUGCAAGUUGCACACACUCUCAGUACCGAUUCCUGCAUCAUGGCCCUGCGAAACGUCUUUGGUAGGAGGGGUACGCCGGCAGUUAUCUAUAGCGACCAAGGUACCAAUUUCCGUGGUGCUAUUUAG